GAUGUGACACAUAUCCAGUGCACAGCUAGCACAUCUACAAGAACUACCCGAUACUCCUCCGUACUCCAGAUCACCCAGGCCUUCCCCUAUCGCUUGUCGGCUUUUGCUCUGCUGCUGCUUUGAAAUCUCGCGACCUUUUUCCCGAAUUUGGGCAACUUCCACCAAGUCUCCCUCCAUCCUCAUCUUCCUCCUCUUCCUACAGUAGAAGGGCCCUGGGCUGGCAGACAGGUCGAGACUUGAGCGAUGGGUCUGCUCUCCCUCGGUACGCCGCUUCCCUGGCACGAAGUCAAGAAACACGCCGAGCAUGUCCGAGAACACGGCAUCAAGCAGUUCCUACACAUCUGGAAUCGCAACAAGGGCAAAGAGCGUGAUCAGCUGCUCUGGGGCGAUGAAAUCGAGUAUGUCGUGGUGUGCCUCGACGAUGAAAAGAAGACAGCCAUGUUGAGUUUGCGGCAAGCAGAUAUCCUGCAUGCCCUGGCGGAUGAUGAGCAUUUGCAGCGGAAAGGUGGCGUUUUGCCAGACUUGCAGACGACGGAGAGAGAGGAGAAGGAUGAUUUGUUUCCUACAUUCCAUCCAGAGUAUGGGCGAUACAUGUUGGAGGCAACGCCAGGUGCACCGUACGGCCAUGAGCUGCAGGACUUGCUCAAUGUCCUACCAAACAUGCUGAAGCGGCGUGUUGUAGCCAAGGCUCACAUGUUUGAGACGGAGUGUCCCAUCACCUUGACUUCUUAUCCCCGUCUUGGCGUUCCUGGCCCUUUCACUACACCCUACUAUGAGCCACACGGACCAGCAUCUCGCUCGCUCUUUGUGCCUGAUGAAAUCAUCAACCCACAUGCACGCUUCCCAACACUCACUGCUAAUAUUCGCGAGCGUCGAGGCCGUAAAGUGGCCAUGAAUGUGCCCAUCUUUUAUGAUGAAAAUACACCAAAGCCUUUCAUUGAUCCGACCAUUCCACGAGACCGCAAUUUGUAUCCAGAAGAUGCAAAUGCUAGGGAGGGUGCCGCGAAAGAAGGGCACAUCUACAUGGAUAGUAUGGGUUUCGGCAUGGGCUGCUGCUGUCUCCAAAUUACUUUCCAGACGAAGAAUGUGAAUGAGGCGAGACGGCUCUAUGACCAACUGGCACCUCUUGGGCCCAUCAUGUUGGCACUUUCGGCAGCAAGUCCACUGUGGCGAGGCUACAUUGCAGACCAGGACACACGCUGGAAUGUCAUUGCUGGCGCAGUCGAUGACAGGACUCCGCAAGAGCUGGGCGAAGAACCUUUGACGACAGAUCGAUUUGUGAUACCAAAGUCACGCUAUGAUUCCAUCUCUGCAUAUAUCUCAGAGGAGAAGGAGAAUCUCGCCCUGUACAACGAUAUUGAAUUCCCCAAGGACCAAAAGAUACGGCAAAUCCUAAAGGAUGGAGGCAUUGACGACAAGCUGGCCGACCACAUGUCUCAUCUGUUUAUUCGCGAUCCUAUUGUCAUCUUUUCUGAGCUGCUCGAGCAAGACGACAGCACGAGCUCUGACCACUUUGAAAACAUCCAAUCCACCAACUGGCAGACGGUACGAUUCAAACCGCCCCCGCCAGAGACUGAUAUCGGUUGGCGUGUUGAGUUCAGGAGCAUGGAGAUUCAAAUCACAGACUUUGAGAAUGCCGCCUUUUCCAUCUUUAUCGUUUUGCUCACACGAGCCAUCCUGUCCUUCAAGCUCAACCUGUAUAUUCCCAUCAGCAAAGUGGAUGAGAAUAUGCGUAUUGCGCACAAACGAGAUGCUGCGCUCGCCGACAAGUUUUGGUUUAGGACAGAUGUCUUCCCCAGCGAGACUGCAAGUCAAGCACCAACUGAAUCUAGCUGGAGCAAGCUGUCCAUUCAUGAGAUCAUUAAUGGCUCUGGUGAUUCAUUUGCUGGUCUGAUCCCAUUGAUUGAGAGCUACCUGAACUCUGUCAACUGCGAUGUUGCCACACGCUGCGAGCUCGGUAAAUACCUCGAUCUUGUCUCCUAUCGAGCUAGCGGUAAGCUUUGCACCGCAGCCUCGUGGAUUCGCAAUUUUGUUCGUUCGCAUCCUGCAUACAAGCAUGACUCUGUUGUUUCUGAACUCAUCAAUUAUGAUCUUGUCAAGGCUGUACAGAAGCUCAGUAAUCCACAUGGCAGAGAGGCCGGCGUGUUGGGUGCUGAGGCAUUCUUGGGUAAAUUUGGGCUAUAGCAAGUGCGCAGUACAUUUCAUUAUAUAGACAGGCGUCCUAGUGCAUCGAGAUGUCAACGAACAGUGUCCUUGAUGUCCAUGACGCCAUGCGUUGGUGACCACCAGGCCUUCUUAUU